AUGUUGCAGACGUGUUCUUAUGAUCAACUCCUAAAUUUAGCACAUUGCUCAUUCGCAGACAUUUUUCUGUUCUUACUGUUAAUUUAAGGUUUUAAAUUUAUAAUAAUAAGUGACAAUGAAAGAGAAAAUAAAAUAUGCUAUGUAGAUAUUUUGUAAAAAUUAUUUUCAAGGACAGAAUAGGAGAGUAAUUUAUAAGAAAUUCUUAUAUAACAAGCAAUUAUUAAAAAAAAAAUGAAUAAAUUGAAGGAUGUUUUGGUCAGUGGGGUAGUUCAAGAAGCAGUUAUGGACUUCGAGAAUUAAGCAAAAUAAUUUGCCUGGUAUCUGUGGUUACGUAACAGCUGUGUGUGAUCUUCAAAAGAUGGGUAUAAAGAAGGACAAAUAUAGAUUGGUCACCACAGUGAAUGAGUCACAAAACAUAGAGUGAUAGUGUUUAGUGUGCGAGUGUUGCUCACUGGCUUCACAUAGGAUUUCGAUUCUGGACCUUUUCCGAGAGCAUUCUUUUCCUCAGUUUGUGACGAUACUGCUCUCUGAAUGUCAGGUGAAGCUCUGAGAUAUGUAGAAGACAAAAGGGUUGUUGAAAGAUCUGUGCUUGAAGCACGUUCAGGUUGCUUAUGUCCUUCUUCUGUGUUUGAUGAUGACUUCAAGCUAUGGAUAUGGAUGUUUCAGAAUACACAGGUAUAGUUUUAGGUAAACUUCAGAAAUUUGAGCCUGAGAAGGCCUCAAAGAUUUUAGGGUAUCUCCUUGUCCAAGAACAUGGGGAAGAAGACAUGGCGAAAUUGGCUUCACUACCUGAUGAUGUGCUUCGUGAAGUGGCGUUCCAGGCCAGAACCAAGCUUCAAAGGUCAUCAUCAGCUAGAUCAAUCAUUCAUCCAAUUUCACCUCCCAUGAAUUUUGCCCAGUUAUCAGUAAUCACACCUACCACCCCUCUCACAGCAACAAGCUUCCAGGUUCAAUCUCCGUUCUGGGAUACUCAAAUUAACAAUGCCAAUGCAGAAUAUAUGGCACAGGGUUAUUUGGAUUCUAUCUCUGAACUUCAAAAGCAAACCCCGUUCUUCACUCUGGAUAAUCAUAUGGUAAUUGCUAAUGGGACUUCCGACACUCCAGGUAUUGCUAAUGAUUACUAUGGCUUAGAUGCUUCACCAGCUCCUAAUUUGGCUGGAAAAUCUGGUAGAAGAUUUGACCAUCCAGUGAAGACCUGUCACUACUUUAACAAAGGAUUUUGUAAGCAUGGAAAUAGCUGUAGAUACUAUCAUGGACUGGAUGCAUUCCCUCACAUGUAUGGAAAUGAUGGUUUUAAUGAUGAUCAAGUGAUUUCACCUGGGUCACUGGCACAACUAGAGUCAGAAAUUGUUGAACUCCUGAAACUGAAAAAGGGUGGUUCUAUAUCAAUUGCUUCCCUUCCAAUGGCGUACUUUGAGAAGUACAAGAAGGUGCUGCAGGCUGAUGGAUACCUCACUGAGAGCCAGAGACAUGGAAAAUCUGGCUACAGUUUGACAAAGCUUCUUGCACGGUUGAAAAAUAGCAUUAGGCUAAUUGACAGGCCUCAUGGGCAGCAUUCGGUUGUUCUGGCUGAAGAUGCUCCAAAGUUCAAUGGAAAGGGAGAAUAUGGUAAAUACAUCAGUGCAUCACGACAGAUAUACCUGACAUUUCCCGCUGACAGCACUUUUAGCGAGGCUGAUGUUUCAAACUACUUUAGCACUUUUGGGAAAGUUCAAGAUGUAAGGAUUCCAAGCCAAGAAAGAAGGAUGUUUGGGUUUGUGACAUUUGAUGAUUCUGAAACUGUUAAAGCAAUUUUGGAUAAGGGAAAUCCCCAUUACGUCUGUGAAUCACGGGUUCUUGUGAAACCUUACAAAGAGAAGCCAAAACUUAUGCUCAGAAAGCACUCAGAUAGAGUUGAGCACCAGCACCCUGCUUAUUACUCAGCACACUACGUAGAUGUUGACACUGAACCUACGCCAAUUCCAAGAGGUUGCAGGAACCCUCGAUCUCUGAGGAGCCUGAUCAUUGAACAGCAAGAGGAGGCUGCAUUUGAAUUUCAGAGAAGACGUUUUGCAGAGCUGCAGUUGGCCCAAAAAUCUUUCACCACUUCACCCCAUUUAGGCUUUAACGCAGCAAAAGCUUCAAAUGAUCAUUUCAAUGUCCAUUCUGCAGAAUCUCUCAAUCAUGUUCUGAAUGACAAAUCCGGAUAUAUGGAUAACAAUUACACUGCUGAGGGCAGCAAUCAAGGACUGAAUCUCCCAGAUAGCCCAUUUUCAUUUCCAGUAGAUAGUGGAAUUUCAGCAGUAAUAUAGUUUGAGAAAGACAUAGAAGACUGCAUACAAGAUUACAAGAGAAAGAAGAGAAAUAUAGAGAGUUAGUUUGACACAUAAUUCGGCCCUUCCAUUGGUCUCUUUCCUCAACUGGCUCAUCACAGUUUAGUCAAAGUUGCAAGUACAUAAAAGCUCAGUUGCUGGAAUUAACAAUAACAACUUUUAAGAAGGUUAUAGUUUUCUUUAAAGAGUCACAGAAAGAUUACGAGGAUGUUUGGUUUCUACGACAGUAUCAGUUCAGUAACCAAUUACUCUCUGAGAACAGUCAAAUAAUUUAAUUUGUGUUACAAGUAUUUGGUUUUUCGUUUUCUUUACCUGAUCUUCAUUCCAUGUCAUACUUCGAGAAAUGCUCUCUGGAUUUAGUAAGGAAAAUAAAUUACAAGUAUUUGUUUCUUGA